AUGACAUUGUUAUCCCUCGUUUUGCUGGCAUCGUUCAGCAAUGCUGCAAUCAUUCCAAGAAUGCCCCCGCCGGAAGUCUUGCCCGCCGGCUGGGAUUAUAUGGGCUGCUACGUUGACGUUGGGCGUUCCCUAGGAGCUGCAGCCACAUCAUCAGGCUUAAUGACGGCCGAGGCUUGUAUAAACUUUUGCAUCUCCAAAGGAAUGCAGUUCGCAGGGACUGAGUACCACAAUGAAUGCUACUGCGAUAGUGCUUUGGCCUCGGCGGCCACCCUCGCCCCGGACUCUGAAUGCAGUACCCCUUGCUCGGGAGAUGCAACCCAGAGCUGCGGUGGACCGAAUAGGUUGACCGUCUACCACAGCUCUCAGGCAGUGGGUCCACAGCCAAAUCCUGGAGUCAACGGCUUUAACCAUGGCACCACUGCCCGCGCAUUACCUGUGGGCGGAGGUGUACCCAGUGCCGAGGUGACAGCGGCUACGUGCACAGCUUCCUGCCUGGCUAAGGGUUUCAAGCUAGCCGGUGUUGAAUAUGGUGGAGAAUGCUACUGCGGCAACAGCCUUUCUGCUGGAUCUGUACCCGCUGCAAGCGGUUGCAAUACUCUCUGUAAUGGCAACAGCAGUGAAAUAUGCGGAGGUCCUAAUAGGCUUAACCUAUACAACUGGCACGAAAACGAGCUGCCGACGGCAAGUGUGCCACCUACUUCAAGCACCAGAACCUCGGCCUCGACAGUUCCAGGCUCAACAACACCGCCACCACCCGUGGUUACUGACCUCCCAGAAGGGUUUGAGUAUCAUGGAUGUUGGAUUGACGGGCCCAAUGGCCGAGCUUUGCCCGACUACCAGGCUCCGGACUCUCAGACUCUUACACAGGAAUCGUGCGCUCGGAUAUGUAGUCAGCGCGGCUACACAAUCUCUGGGACUGAGUAUUCUACCCAGUGCUUUUGUGCAAACGCAAUAUACAAUGGAGGCUCCAAGACGACGGAAGCAGAAUGCUCUAUGGCCUGCAGCGGCAACCCAUCGCAGAAGUGCGGCGCUGGCAACAGACUAACCAUAUUCUCGAGGGGCGAGCCGCAAGUGUUCCUCCCACCGGCACCACAGACGGGAGGUCUGGGCGGCUGGACGUACCAGGGGUGCUACCAAGACAACCUAAACGACAAGCGGACCUUCUUCUGGCAGCUGUCAUUCCCCAACGUAAUGACACCCAAGAUGUGCUUGGAUCGGUGUGCCAAGUACGGCUACAUGGCGGCAGGUCUCGAGUAUGGAAACGAGUGCUACUGCGGAGAUCCCCAAAACGUCAUUACGGCUGGGGUUGCUACGCCGAGACCCAGCGGCGAGUGCAAUGUGCCGUGUGACGGCAACCGCACCGCGAUUUGCGGAGGGGGCAGCAGGCUGACCACGUACUUCUGGACCGGCACCCCAUUCUACUCGUGGACGUUCCCCCAAACCCCAGCUACUGCAGGCCGCUAUGAUUUUCUCAUAAUGGGCCAGACGAUCGCGUUGAUGACCCAGGAGUCCAUAACGGGCAAAGUCACCUUCCUUUCCAAAUGGGGCACUGGCCCAGGCAACGAGACGGGAGCGUACGAGCUUGACGUCUCGAUGAUCCCGACCGAUCCCGCUGGGGCGUGGAGGACCCUCCAUGUGAAGACGGACAUCUUCUGCAGUGCUGGCGUGAUCCUGCCAGACAGAGGAGCCCGUCAGCUCAACGUAGGAGGCUGGUCAGGCGAGUCGACCGAGGGCUUGAGACUGUACUGGCCUGAUGGAGCACCCGGAUCGCCUGGUGUGCGCGACUUCCAGGAGAAUGUCCAGGAGCUGAGCCUGCAAAAGGGUCGGUGGUAUCCUACCGCAAUGGUCAUGGCGAAUGGCUCUGUGAUGGUCAUUGGUGGGCAGGUUGGUUCCAACGGCGCUGCUGUUCCUUCUAUUGAGGUUUUGCCACACGCGCCGGGGAGUGCACCCCUUUAUAUGGAUUGGCUUGAUCGGACAAACCCAGACAACCUAUAUCCAUUCGUCGCUGUCCUACCUGGAGGAGGGAUCCUAGUAACUUACUACAACGAGGCCCGCAUUCUAGACGAGGUUACUUUCAAUACGAUCAAGCAACUCCCCAACAUCCCGGGCGCAGUCAACAAUGACCUCGCAGGCAGGACAUAUCCCCUCGAGGGAGCAUCGGUGCUCCUGCCCCAGAAGGCGCCCUACACGGCGCCACUCGGCCUUCUCGUCUGUGGUGGCUCAUCCAACGGGGCUGCUAACGCCCUGGACAACUGCGUCUCCAUCUACCCUGAAGCCGCAAACCCCGAGUGGGUCAUUGAGCGCAUGCCAUCCUUCCGUGUGAUGCCCUGCAUGGCACCUCUGCCCGACGGAACCUAUUUCAUCGGCAACGGCGCCCUUCACGGUGUCGCAGGCUUCGGCCUGGGUCUGGGGCCCAACCUGAACAGCCUGCUCUACGACCCCGAGAAGCCGGUUGGUUCGCGCAUUACGGUUGCUGCCAACACGACAAUUGCACGCAUGUACCACUCGGAGGCCAUCACGCUCCUCGACGGAAGAGUCUUGAUCAGUGGGUCUGACCCAGAAGAUGGUGUAAACCCUCAGGAAUACCGGAUUGAGACGUACACGCCGCCUUACCUUCUCAGCGGCAAGCCUCGACCCUCCUUCACAAUAGUGAACAAGGACUGGGGCUACGGCGCCAUUGUUGCCUUUUCGUUGGGAAAUGCCCCGAGGAAUGGUGCAAUUACUGUUACACUAUUGGGGGCCGUGUCCUCGACUCAUGGCAACUCAAUGGGCGCACGCACGCUAAUGCCCGCCGUGACAUGCACGGGCACCUCGUGUACGGUCCAGGCGCCACCAAAUGCCCACGUGUGUCCGCCGGGUUGGUAUCAGUUCUUUGUUCUGGACGGCGGUAUUCCCGCCGUGGGUGUAUAUGUCAGGAUUGGUGGCGACCCGGCCGGCCUUGGGAACUGGCCUCCAGGUAACACGUUUACUAAGCCAGGUGUCGGACCUGUUUGA